UAUGAUUAGUGAUUAGAUAACUGAGAAAACCUCAAGUUAACUAUUGGUGGCAGGUCGAGCUCUUCAUUUACCUUCAGUGCGACAACAUUUGAUUUCUUGUUCAUCUCUUUUCAUCUGAUUAAUUAUCUAAUUAUCUUUGGUUUUAUUCCAGUUUUUACUCUCUGUUAAUUGUUUGCUCAUCAGGAUCUUUGAUCACUGAUCAACAGGAUUUUACUAAAUCAACUUUCUUUUAAUCAAAUUUUUUCAUUGUGACAAUUUAAUUCAAUCAUCAAUCUAAUCUUUUUCUAUUUCUGGUUUGUUUACAUUCAAAUUUUUUUUCCCAUUAUGACCUCGUUAAUAUUGGCUAAGUUGGUUCGAAACUGUGGUAUUUUCAAUGGAGCCCGAUGUUCACCUCUCACUUUGCAUCCACGAUCCUCAUUACAACGACUUAUGGCCACUCAGGCUCAAACGGUGGAGGAGAGACGAGAAGAGUUGAAAAAGGAAAGGCCUCCCGAAACCAAUUCCUUCGUGAUGAGUAUGUUUUCUGGUCAGGCCAAAGUGAAUCAAGUGUUUCCUUAUCCUGAUGUUUUAACGGAAGAUCAAUUGGAAACCCUUGCGAUGAUUCGUGAACCCAGUGAGAAGCUUUUCUCUGAACAUGAUGCCUUAGCCGCUGAACUGAAAGGAGCAGCGGAUGAGAAGGUGAUGAAAACCCUCGCCGAAACGGGCUCAUUUGGGAUUAUGGUUCCUCCUCAAUAUGAAGGUGCUGGAAUGAAUAACACUCAAUACGCUGUUCUCGCGGAGAUCAUGGGUGCAAGUGAUUUAGGUCUUGCGAUUACCUUGGGGGCUCAUCAGUCAAUUGGAUACAAAGGCGUUUUAUUGUAUGGAAAUGAAGCUCAAAAGAGUAAAUAUCUUCCCGAUUUAGCGACUGGACGUAAAGUGGCCGCUUUUGCUUUAACUGAACCAAGUUCGGGAUCGGAUGCUGGUUCUAUCAAAUCUCGAGCAGUUUUAUCGCCCGAUGGAUCACAUUAUAUUCUUAAUGGAACUAAAAUUUGGAUAUCCAAUGGCGGUUUCGCUGAUGUUUUCACCGUUUUCGCUAAAACUCCGGUAGUUACAUCAAGUGGAGAGGAAAAGGAAAAAGUGACCGCUUUCAUUGUUGAACGAGCUUUCGGUGGUAUUUCAUCAGGUCCUCCUGAGCAAAAAAUGGGAAUCAAAGCCUCAAACACCGCUGAAGUUUACUUUGAGAAUGUUAAAAUUCCCGUGGAAAAUGUUCUUGGUGAAGUUGGCGGAGGUUUCAAGGUAGCAAUGAAUAUCUUGAAUAGUGGAAGAUUUGGAAUGGGAGCUUUACUCAGUGGAACGAUGAAAUUCUGUAUCUCUAAAGCAACAGAUUUCGCCAACAAUCGUGUUCAAUUUGGUGAUAAAAUUUCCACCUUCGGAACCAUCCAGGAAAAAAUUGCUCGAAUGGCCAUCGCUCAAUACAUAACCGAAUCUAUGACUUAUAUGGUAGCCGGUAAUAUGGACAAAGGAUCAACUGAGUUCCACUUGGAAGCGGCAAUUUCUAAAGUUUUCGCCUCGGAAGCGGCCUGGUUUGUUUGCGAUGAGACAAUUCAAAUUCUCGGUGGAAUGGGUUAUAUGAGAGAUACUGGAGUCGAAAAGAUAAUGAGAGAUCUUAGAAUUUUCAGAAUCUUCGAAGGUACAAAUGAUAUUCUCCGUUUGUUUGUCGCCUUAACCGGAAUCCAAAAUGCUGGUUUCCAUUUGAAAGAAUUACAAAAAGCAAUGAGAAAUCCAGUUGCCAAUUUGGGAAUGAUUUUCGAUGAAUCAACCAAACGAGUUUUCAGAGCCGUUGGUCUUGCUUCAGGUCCAUCACUUGCCGAAUUUGUCUCUCCCGAAUUAGCACCUUCAGCGUCUCAAGUCUCCAAAGCCGUGACCAAUUUUGGUGCCACCGUUGAACAUUUAUUAAUCAAAUAUAAUAAGAAAAUUAUCCAUGAACAAUUUAUCCUCAAACGAUUGGCCGAUUCAGCGAUUGACAUUUACUCCAUGAUUGUAACACUUUCACGAGCCACUCGAUCGAUUCAGAAAAAUUUCCCUUCAGCCCAACACGAGGUCAACAUGGUCAAAGUGAUUUGUAACGAAGGAUCAACUCGAGUCCAAGCCAAUCUUGCCGCUUGUCGAACCAGUGAAAAAUUAGCUGAUUUUAACAGUUUGAGAAAAAUCUCUGAUUCUCUAUUCGUUAACAAUGGUGUUUCUCAUCGACAUCCAAUCGAACGAGAUUAACCAAUUAAUCUUGAAACCUUCGAACGUAUUUCCAUAUCAAUCAGCUUUAAUUGUCCCUUUUUCAAUAUUAAUUACUAACACUAAUUAUUUCGAACCGAGUCAAACUCUUACCCAAAAGUCGAAAACUAUAACUGUUGAUUUCGAUCAAAAAAAACAUUCUCAUUUUUAUAUUAUCAAAGAGCAAAAUAUAUUGUAAAUUUUUGACGACAAAUUUAAUUCAUUUAUUGUAAUAAAUUGAAAAAAAAUGUGAUUAAUUUGUGAAACAAAAUGAAAUGUGAAUUACAUAUAGACAUUAAUUGA